ACGCGCCCCACUCGCUGCGGGUGCGCGAGCAGCGCGCUCCCGCCGCCCGCGUCGCCAUCUUUUCCCCCUCCGUCUGUCUGUCUGCUUUUGGCUUUGUCCGUCUGCAGCGCCGCCCCUCGGCUCCCCGCCACCAGCUCGGCCCGGAGCUGCCCUCUGCCAGCCGGGGCCCAGUCCAGGAGAGCCCCGGCCCGGCCGGCCCGAGCUGCGGCCCAGGGCCCAUUGUCCGGGGGUCCGUCUGUCCGGAGGCGGGGCCCAGGGACCCGGAGCGCCGCGGAGCGCCAAGGCGCCGGAUACAGAUACCGGGGAUUCAGGCGAGUUUACUUUGCUCCGUGGGAACUGCACCAGAGCUGGAGGUCUGAAAAAGAACUGUGUUUGAUAUGCAGAUAUGAUAGAAGACUGCCUGAAAGCUGCUUCCUUUGCCACUUCCUGUGGAGGCCUGUCUUUGCCAUUUGCGGUUUCUUUCUUCUUUUGGUAAGGGGAGGCAGGAUCUGAUUACAGGUCUGAGGUCCUUUCUAGCUACAUAGAGGAGUUAGUUGGCAUAAGAGGAGGUGAGUCUUCACUAACUGGAGUGCAAAGUGUAGAUGAUAGUAAGUAGCCUCUCAUAAUGCCUCUUAAGGCAAUAAACUACAAUUUUGUAUUUGCUUAUUAGUGUGAGUACAAUUUGAGAAGGCAGGAACUGAAAGAAAAGUUAGAGGGUGACCAGAUCCACGUUCUCAUCUUUGGUAGGAAAGAGAAUAUCUCCUUUUAAUCUAUGUUGUUUAUUCACUCUGUCUUUCAAAGAAAAUUCACAGCUUCCACUACUAAUCCAUUUUGGACUCUCUAACAACACUUAAUGCUGGGAAAGCCUUUCUUAUAACUAACCAGGAACCUCUAGGCUUAAGUAUCUGUUCUCUCCUAUUUCAGGGAAGCAGGUGCAUGUCUCUGCAGCACUUCUCAUUUGGGGACCUUUUCUCUUUGUUCUUCCCACUCUUUGCUACAAGAGGCUGGAUUGAGAAGAGGCACUAAAGUUACUAACUUUGACCACCACUCAGGAGCAUGUGAGCAGGGUCAGGUUGAUGUUCCACAUUGAGGUAUUGAAUUAGUACCCAACAAUGUGUAUGGCACCUGGCUCUUCUGGUAAAAGCCCAUCUUCAACAGGAAGUCUGAUUUGCUUUAGUGCCCUGUCAUCCACAGUGCGUAGCACUGUGCCUGCAUCCCUAGGUAGAGGCUCUAUUUCCCAUGUUUCAUUUACAGAUGCCCAGAAGUUUUGAGAUAUUUCUUGUCUCACAGGGAUGUGGUGCCUUCGUCACCUCUAGGAGAGAUAACUUCUUGAAAAAAACAUCUGGAGGUUCUCAUUGGUGCAGAUUGCAGGGCUUGACUUCCAGAGGACAUGUGACAUAUGAGCUGCCACCCUGUUUAGCUUCCUUUGCUUCCUUUUACAAUUCAUGAGGGUUAUCCCUUUGAGCCUAUGGUGCUUCUAACGCUGGUUGCCUGAGUUUUUUUGCUUCCUUUUCUACCCUCUCAGCUUGAUCAUGAACACUUAACAGUAUUAUGGAUUCCAGAGUUGGAUUUAGAGUGGAAUUCUCUAAAUCCUUUGGAAUUCUCUCUGAAACUUCUUGGGACCUUAAAGUGUGCUAGAGAUUUAUUCAUUUCUUUCUUUCUUUAAGAAGUUCAAUGAUUUAUAACUGGUCAGCAUCUUGCAAGGAGGUAGUAACAUCCAGUUGUGAAACUGGGAAAAGCCAGAGCUCUUGGAUCAGGGAAACAUGUCCCGUCGGAAACAGACAAAUCCAAAUAAAGUUCACUGGGAUCAAGUAUUUGCUGGGCUAGAAGAGCAAGCCCGCCAGGCGAUGAUGAAAACUGAUUUUCCUGGAGACCUUGGCAGUCAGCGACAAGCUAUCCAACAACUAAGAGAUCAGGACUCCAGUAGCAGUGACAGUGAGGGUGAUGAAGAGGAGACCACACAAGAUGAAGUCUCUUCCCAUACAUCAGAGGAAGACGGAGGGGUGGUCAAAGUGGAAAAAGAGUUAGAAAAUGCAGAACAGCCUGUUGGUGGGAACAGUGUGGUAGAGCAUGAGGUCACAGAGAAUUUGAAUUCCGACCCCUUACUUGGACUCUGCCAGUGUCCCCUCUGCCAGCUGGACUGUGGGAGUCGGGGGCAGCUAAUUGCGCAUGUGUACCAGCACACUGCAGCAGUGGUGAGCGCCAAGAGCUACAUGUGUCCUGUCUGUGGCCGGGCCCUUAGCUCCCCCGGGUCAUUGGGUCGCCACCUCUUAAUCCACUCGGAGGACCAGCGGUCUAACUGUGCUGUGUGUGGAGCCCGUUUUACUAGCCAUGCCACGUUUAACAGUGAGAAACUUCCUGAAGUCCUUAAUAUGGAAUCCCUACCACCAGCCCACAGUGAGGGCCCCUCCAGUGCUGAGGGGAAGGACAUUGCCUUUAGUCCUCCAGUGUACCCUGCUGGAAUUCUGCUUGUGUGCAACAACUGUGCUGCCUACCGGAAACUGCUAGAAGCCCAGACCCCCAGUGUACGCAAGUGGGCCCUGCGUCGACAGAACGAGCCUUUGGAAGUCCGGCUGCAGCGGCUGGAACGAGAGCGCACAGCCAAGAAGAGCCGGCGGGACAAUGAGACCCCCGAGGAGCGGGAGGUAAGGCGCAUGAGGGACCGAGAAGCCAAGCGCCUGCAGCGCAUGCAGGAGACAGACGAGCAGCGGGCACGCCGGCUGCAGCGAGAUCGGGAGGCCAUGAGGCUGAAGCGGGCCAAUGAAACCCCGGAGAAGCGGCAGGCCCGGCUCAUCCGGGAGCGGGAGGCCAAGCGGCUCAAGAGGAGGCUGGAGAAAAUGGACAUGAUGUUGCGAGCUCAGUUUGGCCAGGACCCUUCUGCCAUGGCAGCCUUAGCAGCCGAAAUGAACUUCUUCCAGCUACCUGUGAGUGGGGUGGAGUUGGACAGCCAGCUCCUGGGCAAGAUGGCCUUUGAAGAGCAGAACAGCAGCUCUCUGCACUGAACCACACCCUCCUGCCUGCCUUCCCACUCAGCCGUCCCCAGGGUCCUGUCCUUGCUGCUGGAGGCAGGCCCGAGUUUGUUGCAGGUGGACCUGUGUACCCCUUGCAUAUGGGAGCAGGAUGAUGGGGUCAGGAGGGACCCAGCUCAAGGCAGCUCUGGAUGAGGGAGCAGGCACUCCAGACACCUUGACUCCCCAGCCCACUGCUGCAGGGCAUGAGCAUAGGACUCUGGGGCCCUAGUGUGGCCCACACCCACCCCACGGAGUUGUGAGGGCUAAUAAAUUAAUUUUAUCUUUACUGGC